AUGUCUCCGACUCACGCUCUUCCCCACCAUGGCAUGCACGGCCACGGCCACGCUCACCACCGCGAGCACCUGAUGCACGACACGCUGCACCGGAUCCACCACCACCAGGCCAAGCUGGCGAAGCACCACGCCCGCCUCGCGUCGCUUCUGCACGCAGUCGAGACACAGAUCAAGACUGGCCAACUCGACCCGGGCACGGCGCGCGUGGCCAUGCUCCAACUCGAGAACUAUGUCGAGCUUGUCGAGCUGGCACUGGACCGAGUCCGUCAACAGGGAGAGACUAUCCUGGGCUUGAUUUCUUGUCCGAUUCUCAUUUCUCCACUCUCUCUCCCAUCUCGCAUCCAGUUUAUUGAGAGACGACAUCAUGCCGCCUCACCCCCCACGAAGCCCGAGGACACCGAGACGCCCGGGGGGCUGUGGAUGCUCGCCUGGGUGCAGGCGUUGAGCAUCCCGGCGAGGAGAGAUAAUCAAGCUGUCUAUGAGAACAGAGCUGACCCGCAGACGGCGGCGAACCCGUACGCUCGCCCGCGCACGCCGCGCACUCCCCGCACACCCCGAACACCAAACACAGCUACCCGUGGGCUCAGCCUGACGUGCCCUCGGAGCCCGAAGCGCAAGCGCCCGAUUGCCCACUCGCCCUCUCCGAGAAGAGGCGUCAUCGAUUUUGUCGCCAGCGCCGCGGCCGAAAAGGAGGCGAAAUCUCGGCGCAAGAGCACGGGGUCCCUGACGCCGCAGCUCAAGAAGCAACGGAUGUCAGGUGCCGCGGAUGCGGAAGUCAAGGUCGAGGCCGAGGCUGAAGAGGAAGGAGAUGACGAGGAUGGAGAAGGCGAGGAGGAGAAGGAGGACGACGCAGAGGAGACAGACACGAAGGAGGCUACGAUGGACGACGAUGAUGACGACUGCGCCGUGCCGAGCUCCAGCGGACUGCGCACCCCCGCCCCGCCGGGGCACGGCGGGCACGGCGAGCCCUUCGUCCCCGAGCCUCUCACGCCGAUGCCGCCCUCUUCCGUGCGCGCGAACCGCCGGUCCCCCGGUCCUCCACCAAGCAGCACGCGCGUGCUCCGUUCCUCGCGCGCCUUAUCUUUACUGUCGACUCUCGAAGCGCAGGUCGCGGGUCUGAAGCGACAACUCCUCGCCAGCGGGGCUGAGAACAGCGCCCUCGCCGAGCGUGCAGCGCAGGCGGACGAGCUCGCACGACAGCUCGAGGAAGAGCGCGCCAAGUCGGCCCGCGUCGAGCAGCUCGAGGCCGAACUCGCGGCCGAGAAGGCGCGGAACGAGGAGAUGGAGCGCGAAAUGGCCGGCGUGCAGCGGGAUCACGACGUGCUCGCUCGCAGAGUCCUGAAUCUCGAAGCUGGGUACGUUUGCAAAUGCCAGGGCGAAGUUGCGGGCAUGAAACUCGACCUCGCGCGCAUCCUCGCUGCCAGCGCGAAGGAGAGGUGGAGCGAGCGUAGUGAGCGCCGGGCUACCAUGGGAAUUGGAUCCGGUUCGGAGGAGGAGUGA